AUGGAAGCCAAACCAUUAACUAAACAAGCCAAUGACGACGAGUAUUUGCGCGCGAAAUCGGAGAUAUGGUCGUACGUGUUCGGCUUCACCCCAAUGGCGGUCGUGAAAUGCGCCACCGAGCUCCGAAUUGCCGACACUUUGGAAUCCAACGGCGGCUCCAUGACAAUCUCCGACCUAUCCGCCGCGCUCGGGUGCUCCACUCCCAUCCUUGGCCGCAUCAUGCGCUACUUGGCCCACCGCGGCUUUUUCAAGCAGACCCGAAAACUGGACGACCCGCCCGAAAAAAUUUACUACACCCAAACGGCCCUUUCGCGCAUGCUGAUGAAAGACUCGGACGACAGCAUGAUAGCCUUCAUUAUGUUCGAGAGCAACCCCGUGAUGCUUGCUCCGUGGCACAAGCUGAGCGCACGGGCCCGGAAAGAUGGUGUGGGCUCGGCUUUCGAGGCCGCACACGGUGAGGACGUGUGGAGUUACGCGGCCAAGAAUCCUGAGCACAGCAAGCUGAUCGACGACGCCAUGUCGUGCCACGCCAGGGUGGCGGUGUCGGAGAUUGUCGAGCUCUACCCGGCGGCUUUCGAAGGUGUGCACACAUUGGUGGACGUGGGCGGUGGUGACGGGACGACACUUCGUACUCUAGUGAAGUUGUGUCCUUGGGUCCGUGGGAUUAACUUCGAUCUCCGGCACGUGGUGUCUGUGGCCCCGCAAAGUGUUGGUGUCGAUCAUGUCGAGGGUGACAUGUUCGAGAAGGUUCCGGAGGCCGAUGCUUGUUUUCUCAUGUGGGUGCUGCAUGAUUGGAGUGACGAUGAGUGCAUACAGAUACUGAGAAAUUGUCGAGAAGCGGUCCCGCAGGACACGGGGAAAGUGAUGAUAGCCGAGGCGGUGAUCAAUGAAGGAGGAGGAAAAGAAGAAGACGAGCACAUGUACGCGGACGUUCGUCUAGCGUUGGAUAUGGUGAUGUUGGCCCACACGGAAAAAGGGUAUGAGAGGACUAUGAAAGAAUGGGAUCACGUAAUCAAAGCAGCUGGCUUCACAAAGUACACGGUGAAGCACAUUCAUGCCAUUGUGUCCGUGAUUGAGGCCGACCCAAAUUUCUCCCGCAAGAAAAAACACCAAUUCCUUAACCCAAUCCGACCGACCUCCUCUCCGGCGGGGCUCCGCCCCCGCAAUUUCGUCUGGUCCUCAGCGACCCUGGCAGUCAGGUUCGCUUUUCUCGGUGGGCUUCGACCUUCCAUUCCGUCUUCAAGUGGACUUCUUCCGUCGCGGAUGCCAUGGUGGUCGGUGGAUGGAGGCCGUUGUCUUGCCGGCGUCGAGUUGGUAUGGUGUCGGCGUUGCGUUUCGGCCGCCUGUGUUGAGGCCGGCUCUACGGUUCUCCCUGGAUUUGUUUUUCCUAGUGCUGAAACAGUAGUUCGUCCGGCGGGCGUUGCUCUAGUGGCUGCGGCUGAUGGAUUUUGUGGUGGGAGAGGGCGGUGGUGCUGGUAUCUUGGGGUGGUCUAUGGUGUUGAAUCAAUAUUGUUUGGUUUUGGGUCCGUCGCCUCGAGUUGA